AAAUCCCCUUUAACUUCUGUUUGACUCCAACACGCAGAAGUCUUAUUAUUAAUGUUAAAAUGUGAACAAAAUGUGUGUUUUAAAACAUAAAACACUCUUUAUUUAUAUAUUUAUUUAUUUAUUUACUCUUUUUUUAUACCAGGAAAUGACACAUUAAUGAAAUAACACCAGUGAGGGGAUACAUUGUAAUGUGUUAGAAUAUUCAGCAGUCUCAUUCUGACUUGUUACAAUGUAAUGCUUUCCCUGUCUGAGUGUAAAUACUCGAGUUCCUCGGUUAGUUUCGGUUUUGUCUUCGGGGUUUCCAGCCGGUGAUGUGAAGUCCAGACCCACAAACACUUCCUCAUCCGCCUCCUCCUCCUCCUCCUCCUCACAGCAGCAGCAGAGAGCUCGGUUUCCUGCAGCCUGAUCUGAAACCUUUUCUCGUGGAGCGAUUUGUUUUUCCCAAAUGUGUUGUUGGACUUUGGACUGAUCCGAGUCAUGAUAUUGUUUUAUAACAGAGAGCUGGGAGAGAGAUCAGCUGCCUCGCUGUGAGUGAAGCUGCUGGAAACGAAACUUUGGGGAGGCACAAAGCGACAGACUUCAACAUGUUCGACUCUUUGACUCCAGUGUAAGAAGAAGAAGAAGCGAUGGAUGGUGAGAGGAGUGAUGGAGGGGCAGAGGCCGAGGUGGAGGACGAGUUUGCGUGUGCUGGGGUUCUACGAAGAUCUCUGACCUCCAUGCACGGCACUGUGGAGCGGAUAUUCGGCGUGACGUUUGGAAUCGGGGCGGAUGAUUUAUCACAGGGAAACAACGGGCAGAUUUGGCUGAAACUGCAAGGGCUGAGGAAAAAUGUGACGGCGGCAAAAUUAUUCGUGAAAGGAGUUGUGAACCAGGAGGAGCAGCAGGAGGUUUCCUACCCCGGGGUCCUUCACUGUGUCUUCUGUGGAGCCAAAGGGCUGUUCAUGGACUGCCUGAUCAAAAGCACCUCAGCACAUAUAGUGGUUGGCUCCACAGGGUCCCUGCUCAUAUCAGGACUUGCUGAGCCAGUGGUGCGAGCUUAUUCCCUUAUUAUGGACCUGGUGGAGAGGUAUGAGGGCACACAGUCCAAACGCCCUGAGACUGGGGCCGGGGCUGGCACUGGCGAGUCUUUGGAUUCACGUCGAGCCUUUAAAACUCUUGUAGAGAAAUGGGAGGAUUGGCACAUCCUUGAUCUUCUGGUCCUACCUGGGUCAGUGAAGGAAAUUCUGCUGGAUUUGGUGAAAGACUCUGGGUUUGGAUCUAACCCUAGUUUGGCAGCGAGAGACAGAAAUGCAAGAGCAAGACCACAUGGGGAUUUGGAGGGGAGAUGGGACAGCGCUUCUGAUCGGUGGAUUGAAGGAACAACUGAAGGUCUGCAGAAAGACUCUACAGCCAGGGACUCCUUUUUCCAGUCUGGAGGCGCUCUAGAGGAAAGACAAGUUAGCUUUCCUCAGGAAGUCGGGGAAGAGGAUCAGCUGGAUCAAGUGGCAAUGGUUGGAACAACGGAGGAGGAAGGAGUUGGCGGCGAGAGAGAAGUGGAGCUCCAGUUAGCUGCAGGAAAUAAGGAGUUCUGGCUUCUUUUAAAGUUCUUCACGGCCAUGGGGUAUACUGAUGAUGUUGUGAAAAGGGUACUUGCACGGACAGGACCUAAAGAGGCCUCACAGAUACUGGACUUCGUCCAACAGGAGCAGGAUCUCAGCGACCGGGAGAAAAGGACUCAGCAAGGCCAAGACAAUGGUGUCGCGAAUCAUGUGGAGAGGAAUCGACCUUGUGAGACAGAGCACAGAGAAGAUGAAGAACUGGCAGCAGGAGGAGAUAACCUCACAGGAAGUAACGAAAAGGUGGAAGAUGUCCGCAGCGAGGAGAAUGGAGCUACAAAGAGCAGGAGACACUUUGACGGGGAGGGUAGCACCGAGGAUAAAGAGGGUUCCGAAGAAGACUUUGUGUUGGGAGUGCUGAAGAAAGCAGCCGCCAGUUGUGGCUACAUGGAGCAGAAUGUAGCUAAAGCCUACAACAGGUUGCCGGAGGGAUCCACCCACCAGCUGCUCCUGGAGCUGCAAAGGGAGGGGAGCAAAGAGCUGGGUGCCUUUAGGGAAGAACCAAGAGAGAUGGAUGAUGUGAUGCUGGAGAAAGAAGGACCAAGAGUUGGGCCAUCAGAGGUCAAAGCACAUGCAGAAGUUGAGCUCUUCAAACCCGCAGAAACAGGAGAAUCGGGUGGGAGAGGAUGGGCAGAGCUGCCGGAUCUGACUGGCAAACAGCGAGAUAUGCUUGCUUGGCUUAAUGAGCCCAAACUGCCUCCCCAGAGUCAAUACACCCCCCAGGCAAAGCAACACCACCCCCCAAGGUCCCAAACUACGCACCAAAUCCUGCCUGACGUCAAAGGGCCACCCAUGCCUACGUAUUCCUCAUCUUUAGAUGCGCCACUAACCGUUUUCCAAACCAACCAACAAUACGGCCAAACCAACUACGUACCCAAUCCCAAACAAACUCCCCCCAACCACAACAGUGUCUUCAAUCCAAAGCCCCAAAAACGAGGACACCAAGCACACCAAACCCCUUUCUCAGGAGCUGACUCUUCGCCGACCAGAGCGAGGGACAGACGGGGCUUCAUGGGCUCAUCUUCAGUGGUGGUGACAGGGCAGCAGCGUUUCCUGGAAGGCCUGCAGACGAGCUUCAAACUUCAGCUUACAGACAAGCCUGGAAACCCGAAACUGAGGACCAUCAUCAUCGACGGGAGCAACGUGGCCAUGAGUCAUGGGCUGGGUCAAUUCUUCUCCUGUCGUGGGAUUGCUCUGGCCAUCCAGCACUUUUGGGAUCGAGGCCAUCGUCAUAUCAGCGCCCUCCUGCCACAGUGGAGACAGAAGAGCGACCCAAAGAUCAAAGAGCAGCACUAUCUGACUGAGCUGCAGACGCUGGGCCUGGUCGCCUACACGCCUUCCAGAGAAGUUCAGGGCAAGAGGAUCAGCUCGUACGACGACAGAUUUAUGCUGCAGCUUGCACAGAAGACGGAUGGUGUGAUUGUGACUAACGACAAUCUGAGAGACCUUUCAGACGAGACCGCUGCGUGGAGGGACAUCAUCAAAAAGAGACUCCUGCAGUAUACGUUUGUUGGGGAUCUCUUCAUGGUGCCAGAUGACCCCCUGGGCAGAGGAGGGCCUCACCUGGAUGACUUCCUACGCUCAGAGCACAGGACUCCUGACCCGGGAAAUCACACUUUUGCCGGAGUAGCCUCUGCAUUCCCUUUUUCAAAACCUCCACGCCCCCAAACGGAGGUCCUGAACUACCGUGACCGAACCCCAGGGGGAGCUGUCGAUGUGACACGUGGAGGUCAUCGAGGUAAAGGGAGAGGAAGGGGGCAGUUUGGAGCGCCGGACCCUGAACUGGUUUUAAGAGCAGACAGGAGUCCAGGAGAAACAGCCAGCCUUAGAGAACAACUCUGUCAGGUCUUCCUUGGUCAGGACAACAUGGUGACGCUGGUGCUGCAGAGCCACCCAGAGGAGACGGAUAUCAACGUGCUCUCUGAUCUGAUCUUACAGCAGCAGAAGGACUAAAUAUCUUUUGUGUCUUAAUGUUUUUAUGAAGUGAAAUCUGACUUUUCUUGCGCUUGAUCUUAUAUCAUUGUUUCUCAACAGAGCAGCAACAAACUACACAGGCUUCAUAACCCACAACUGUCAAAGUCUUAAUUUGCCUGUCAUAGAAAAUAUUUACCUCUCCACAGUAGACGUAGGUUUAAUUUAGCAGAGCAGCUUUUAAUGCUAACCUGGUCAUAUCUGACUCUUCAGAAAUUGUUACGGUCAUUAGCUUUAUAAUCUUAAAGUUGGAUCAUCAGGUUAAAUAUCCUAUUGAUCAACACAUCAAUAUACGGCCAACCCCUGCAGAUCGUAGGACAUUCCAGUCAGCCUAGCAUAAUAGUUUGUGUUCCAUGCUAAAUACCAAUGUUAGCAUGCUAAUCAUAUAUCUGUUAAGCUAAUGAGCUUAAGUAACUUGUGAACAUGUUAAACUUGCCUGCUAAGCAUCAACAUGCUAGCUCUGUCUCCCUGAGGAUGUUUGCAUGCAUGUUAGCUUUCAGAAUUUAGCUUGAGUGCAGCUUUAAGGAAGCUAGCUUUUCCUCAGGAUCCUAGUCUUUUUCAUAAUGUUUUAAAAAGCACUUAAUGAUACCAGUUGCACAUCCUCUGGGUUGUUUUAGUGGUUGAAGGUUGAGCAGCCUCAUGCUUUUUUUAUCAUGCAGCCAUGCUAAUGUCAUUUUCGGAUCGAAUUCGGAUUAAGCCCCUUGAGAAAAUACAGUAAAAGAAAAAAAUGGAUGUGCCAUUUUUAUGAUCUGUGUGAAAAAAUCAUUUUUAUGGAAGAACAAUAGAAGAGAAACUAUUUUUCUGCUAUCAGAAUUUAAUGUGUUGCACCGCGGCUGCUGCAGAAAUCAAGAUCUUAGUAUUUUUGUAGAUUUCCAUUGAAUGAGAGAGUUUUGGUAAUCUUUGUACAUGAACACCUCCGUCUGUAAUUUGGAGGUUAUUUUUCCACGUUAAAAUACCAUCAAACUAAUUCCUACACCUUUCUUUGCACUCAGUUUUAUAUUUAUAACUUAUUUUUUUUACCAGUUCUGAUGUUUUAAUUAUCUUUACUUUGCACCUAAAAAAACACAGAGCAUGAAUCCGUUUGGUUCAGAAACUCAAAGGCAAAUUUUAAAAAGCUCACUAAAUGUGACAAUUAUUUUUCUUAAUUGCUUUGUUUAUAAGUGUACAUUUUAAGAGCCUUGUGUUGAUCUCUGCCCUUGUUUUUGUGUAUUAAAGUAUUUCUUGA